AGGAGGAGAGGAGGAGGAGGAGGAGGAGAGGAUGAAGCUGAGUGUCCGUCAGCGAGGAGCUGAUCUCCGUUCAGUCGCUCGGAGCUGAAACUGGAAACUUUCUGAUGCUUUUCUCUCUGCCGAGCUUCUUCUUCUUCUUCUUCUUCUUCUCUGAGAAGACUUCCUGUCCCGCCUCCAACCAUGAGUGACAUCUACGAGUCGGCGGCCAACUCUCUGGGUCUGUUCAGCAGUCCCUGCCUCACCAAGGUGGAGCUGAGGAUCACCUGUAAGGGGAUCCCGGACCGGGACGCCCUGUCCAAACCCGACCCCUGCUUCGUCCUCAAGAUGCAGUCCCACGGCCAGUGGAUGGAGGUGGACCGGACGGAGGUGAUGCGCAGCUGUGUGAACCCCACCUACUCCAAGGUCUUCACACUGGACUUUUAUUUUGAAGAGGUGCAGCGUCUGCGCCUGGAGCUCUACGACAUCAACAGCAGCCACAACGGGCUGAAGGAGGCCGACUUCCUGGGCUCAGUGGAGUGCACGCUGGGACAGAUCAUCUCCCAGAGGAAGCUGUGUAAAGCUCUGCUGAGACCAGGAGGCACCGUGGGGAAGUCCAUCGUCACGAUCACAGCCGAGGAGCUGACGGGGAACGACGACUACAUCGAGCUCUCGUUCAGCGCCAGGAAGCUGGACGACAAGGACUUCUUCAGUAAGUCGGACCCGUUCCUGGAGAUCUACCGGCUGAACGAUGACGCCACGCUGCAGCUCGUCUACAGGACCGAGACGGUGAUGAACAAUCUGAACCCCGUCUGGAAAACAUUCAAAGUUUCUCUGAACUCGCUCUGCAGCGGAGACCACGAACGCAAGCUGCAGUGCACCGUGUGGGACUGGGACUCCAACGGGAAACACGACUACAUCGGAGAGUUUGAGGCCUCGUUCACCGAGAUGAGAGGAGCCAUCGACGGACGGCAGGUGCAGUGGCCGUGCAUCAAUCCCAAAUAUAAAGUGAAGAAGAAGAACUACAAGAACUCUGGGAUCGUCAUUCUCAACCAGUGCAAGAUCAUCAAGAUGCACUCCUUCCUGGAUUACAUCAUGGGGGGCUGUCAGAUCCAGUUCACAGUGGCCAUCGACUUCACGGCGUCCAACGGAGACCCGAGGAACAGCUGCUCGCUGCACUACAUCCACCCGUUCCAGCCCAACGAGUACCUGAAGGCUCUGGUGGCGGUGGGCGAGAUCUGCCAGGACUACGACAGUGAUAAAAUGUUCCCGGCGUUCGGCUUCGGUGCUCAGAUCCCUCCUGACUACAAGGUCUCACACGACUUUGCGGUGAAUUUUAACGAGGAGAACCCGGAGUGUGCAGGUAUCCAGGGCGUGGUGGAGGCCUACCAGGCCUGCCUCCCCAAGCUGCAGCUCUACGGCCCCACCAACAUCGCCCCCAUCAUCCAGAAGGUCGCCAACUCCGCCUCGCAGGAGGUCCACACCAAAGAGGCAAUGCAAUAUUUCAUCCUGCUCAUCCUGACCGACGGCGUCAUCACCGACAUGGCGGACACCCGGGAGGCCAUCGUCCAGGCCUCCCACCUCCCCAUGUCCGUCAUCAUCGUCGGGAUCGGGAACGCCGACUUCAGCGACAUGCAGAUGCUGGACGGCGACGACGGGAUCCUGCGAUCGCCCAAAGGAGAGCCCGUCCUCCGGGACAUCGUACAGUUCGUCCCCUUCCGCAACUUCAAACACGCGUCUCCAGCUGCUCUGGCUAAGAGCGUGUUAGCAGAGGUGCCCAACCAGGUGGUCGACUACUACAACAGCAAGGGCAUCAAGCCCAAAGUGCCCAGCCAGUACCAGUCUUCCAGGCAGUUUGGCCCCUGAGAGCCGCCACCGCUGCCCCCAGACAGCACCACCUCUCCUGGACUGAGAAAAAUGUUUACUGUCUUUUGUUCUUUGUUGAUGCGGAUGUUAAAGGUGCUACAUGCAGCAUUUUACAACACAAGAGGCCAGUCGGCCUCUGUACUGGUUUUACAGGUUUGGCUGGAUUACUUUAUGGCACAAAGCAAGUAGAAGGUGUUUCCUGUUGUCAUCUUUAAAAUGUAGCUGUUGGUCACAGAAGUGCUGGUUGGAUGCACCAAUGGGUGAAGUAUGGCUCUGAUAUCUUUACAUGCACACAGUGGUUAUAUUAGGACAGUCAGAGCAGCUGAGAUUUAAAGAGAGAAGUCAUCAAAAUAUACUUAUCCAGAAGUAUUAACAAAGGGAAAGGUGCAUCCUGAUGAAAUGCAGUUUGUCAGCCCGCAGUGAUGAGCACCUUAAUGCUGAUCAGUAUGCAGCUGACGUAGAAAAACAUCUCCGAGGUGUUGUGCUGCACAUUAUCCCUGGACACAGAAGCACAGAAGUGAAUCACACAUAAGAACCAGCACAUCAUAUUGUUUUUCAGAUUUUAGUACGUGACAUGAGGCUUAUGCAACCAUACCUUAGAGCUCAUAUCAUGUCGGAGAAACUCUAAUUGCUUUUUUUCUAACAUCCUUCACCUCAUGAUCCAAGUGUUUACCACUAGAAACCAGUUUACACUGACGGUCUGUAGCCUCUCAGAGCCUGUUCUGUAAGUGAUGAGCUAUGUAGCAUUUAGAUUGAUAUGUAGCUAAUGUUUGUGUUUCUUUAUGAUAGUGUGGUGUUUACAAUAACAGUCAGGUCACAUCUACAUUUCCGUUCAUCUCAGUAGAAUUUUUCCUAUGGAGGCAGUAAAUCUAUGCAGAGAUUUCAUGCAGAGGGAAAAAUGUGUGAAGCAACCUGACCAGAGGGAGAUAUCAGGUUAGCUUUAGUGUCCUCAUGUACCGGACUAUAAAUGGACAACAUUUAUGGUUUAAUCUCUUGAA